AUGUCUUCCUGGAGAAAUGCAGUGAAGAGCAAAGAGCACAGAGAGCGUUCUCAACCUCUUGCUCGUCAAAGUCUCGGAUUGUUGGAAAAGAAGAAGGAUUACAAAAUUCGUGCAGAGGAGCACCAUAAAAAGCAAAAACUCAUCCAGAAGCUCAAGUUGCAGGCUGCCUUGAAAAAUCCCGAUGAGUUCCAUACUCAUAUGAUUACAUUAAAGAAAGUGAGAGACAAUGAUAAAGGGGAAACUGAAAAGGAAUGGACCCAAAAGCGAAUUGCAGAAAAAGAGAAGGACGCUUUGUUGUUAACUUCAAAGCGAGUUCAGAAGGAGCGGAAAAUCGAGCGGUUGGUUUCCUCACUUCAGUUCAUGGACAACGAAGAGUCAAAUCAUCACACCGUCUUCGUCGAUGACCCUAAGGAAAUGGAGACGUGGUCCGCAGCGACCUAUUUCGACACGCUCCCCGAGUUGGUCGAUCGCAAAUACAAUCGUCUCAGCGAAUCGCAGCUGAAAGAACAGUCGUUUGCCGGCACUCUCCGCGACGAGAAGGAGCUAAAGAAGCUGAAGGAGCGUCGAGAGAAUCGGUACAAGGAGCUGGGCGAGAAUCUGGAGGACGAGCAAACGAUCGAUCGGAUUAUGAGCCACAUCCAGCUGCGAAAGAAUCUGAACUCCAAGGGGCGACGCGUGAAGGUGAAGGACGGGGAGAACGGGUUUGCUGCGGUGUAUCGAUGGCGUUUCGAGCGAAAGAAGUAG